AUGGAAAACGUGAUACUUUUCUCCAGCUCCUGCAAAGUUACCCUGACUCUGCUUUUAACCUUCCUGGGCUGUGCAGGCUGUUUGCCUCUUGAAGAUGAUUCUGUUUGCACAGCAGAAGAUCUGGCAAAGUACAGCAUCGUCUUCACAGGGAAAUGGAGCCAAGUGGCUUUCCCUAAACAGUACCCUCUGUACAGGCCUCCGGCCCAGUGGUCCCCGCUUUUGGGCGUGGUCCAUAGUUCUGACUACAACAUGUGGAAAAAGAAUGAGUUUGCCAGCAAUGGUAUGCGUGACUUUGCUGAAAUAGGUGAAACAUGGACGUUAAUGAAGGAAAUACAAGCAGCUGGAGAAAAAAUCCAGAGUGUUCAUGGAAUCUUCUCUGCUCCCGCCAUUUCCUCUGGUACAGGUCAAACCUCCACAGAUUUCGAAGUGCAUUCAAGACACCCCUUUGUUUCUUUUGCAGUAAGAAUUGUGCCCAGCCCGGACUGGUUUGUGGGCAUUGACAGCUUCAAUCUUUGUGAAAAAGACCACUGGAAAGAGCAGGUGUCAGUGGAGGUUUCCCCUUACGAUGCCGGGACCGACAGCGGCUUCACAUUUUCCUCACCCAACUUUGCUACUAUUCCACAGGAGCCCGUUACAGAGAUCACUUCUUCCUCUCCAAGUCACCCAGCAAACUCAUUUUAUUAUCCCAAGCUUAAAAGCCUCCCAUCUAUUGCUCGAGUAACCAUGAUAAAACUGAAAAGAAGCAAACUGGGGUUUCCUGUUCCUCAGCCCAACAUGACUGCCAUAGAUAAUGAGAUAGAAGAUACAAUCUCAGAAACCCCCCUGGACUGUGAGACAUCGCUCUGGUCUUCCUGGGGCCUUUGUAGAGGCACAUGUGGAAAUUUGGGGACGAAAAGCAGAACUCGCUACAUACAUCUCCAUCCUGCCAACAACGGAACUCCCUGUCCAAACUUGAAUGAAGAAGCCGAAUGUGAACCAGACAAUUGUGUCUGA